UGAUAUUUAAUUAUUGUAACGUAACAGCUAAUAAACCGAUUAAUUUAACCCCCAGCCCAGACACUCCCUAUAUAAAGCCGUGGACACCCAUCCUUUCUCCUCCCCCAAAUUUUCAUAUCACUCCUGCUCUUCAACCAGAUCAAUAGCCGCCUUCUUGAUUCCUCUUCCCUAGCUGAAAUCCGGCUUUCUUUUAAUCUUCUUUUGCUUCUACAAACAAGAAGGAAUGGAGUCCGGAGGAGAAACUCAUCAAUACUACUCUGGGUUUGAAGAAAAUCAGCCAUACCAAAACUCCCAUUUUCUUGAUGCUUGCUUUCUUUGUCAGCGCCCUUUAGGCCGUAACAGUGACAUCUUCAUGUACAGGGGGAAUACACCAUUUUGCAGCCAAGAAUGCAGGCAAGAACAGAUAGAGAUGGACGAAGCCAAGGAAAAAAGAAGGAAGCUUUCCUCUUCCAAGAGGCUGUCAAGCACGCAGCUGAGACAGUCAACAAAGCAAGAAGGGAAGACGACCGAGAACAAGAAGGCUGUAAGAACAGCAGGCACUGUGGCUGUGGCUUGAUUCACUGCUUUGUCCGCCAUGGCAGCGCAACAGAGGGUAGCUGCAAAGCUCCCUCGGCUUCAUCUACUACGGACUCAUAUAUAUGUGUGUUAUAUGCUGAAGUGGGUUUAAUCAAUUAAUUAAUCGAUCAAUUAAUUAAAUUCAUAAUAAUUAAGGGCUUGCAUAAGACACCAGCUCUGGCUAGAGCUCGGGUAUGGAUGAUACAGUAUCUGUAAAACCAAUGAUACUGUUGAUGAACAUGAGAUGAAUUUUGCUUCCUUUCCUCUUCUCGAUCUAUCUCCUUCACACACUCACUGUCAGAUCUAUAUAUGUAAUUAUGUAUGUAUAUAUAUGGCAAUGGCACCCAUGAAAUUGGAUGCUUUGGAAUGCGUUAAUGAUAAUUAUUGGAAGAGAUUUUCUAUUCUCAAACUGGAUUUCAUCCGUUACUUUAA